GCUCCUAUGAUCAUCGCCCAUAAGAGAAGAGAAGAAAGACAGAUCAUAGCAGAAAAGAUGUCGACAAACAAAGAGGUGCUUCUUCUGGAUUUCUGGGUUAGCCCAUUCUGUCUAAGGACCAAGAUUGCAUUGACUGAGAAAGGUGUGGCUUAUGAAGCGAGGGAGGAGGAUUUGUUCGGGGGAAAGAGCGAGCUGCUGCUCAAAACAAAUCCCAUUUACCAGAAAGUGCCAGUGUUCUUCCACAAUGACAAGCCAGUGCUUGAGUCCACCAACAUUGUCAGCUACAUUGACGACGCCUGGCCUUCUCCGCCAUUGCUGCCAUCCUGCCCAUAUGGGCGUGCCCAAGCCAGGUUCUGGGCUGACUUCAUUGACAAGAAGGUGUUUGAUGGGGGCAACGCAAUUUGGAGGAGCAAAGGAGAGGAGCUAGAGGUGGCAAAGAAGAGCUUCAUAGAGAUCGUGAAGCAGCUUGAGGGAGCUUUGGGAGAGCAGGACUACUUUGGUGGAGAAAGCUUUGGGUUUGUUGACAUAAUACUCAUCCCACUCACCUCCUGGUUCUAUGUGUAUGAGAAAUUUGGGAGCUUUAAGCUUGAGGAUCACUGCACUAAAUUCUCUGCUUGGAUGGAAAGGUGUGCCCAAAGAGAGAGCGUUUCCAAGCUUCUCCCUGACCCAGAAAAGGUCCAUGAGUUUGUCAUCAUGAUGAGGAAGAUGCACGGCAUUGAAUAAGGGCGGGCGGCUUCAAGCUCAACUUGUUCUAAAUGCCUUCUACCUAGUACCUACUACCUACUGCUGCUGAUUCUCUCUCAUACGUAUCUUUUUCUUUCAGGUCUUGUCUCUCUGUCUAGAGAGAGAAUAAGUGGGAAAAUAGCCAUUUUCCUUGAUCCAUCCUUGUGGAGUGGAAACUGUGUCAAUUUCUUUUUGACUGUUGUGCUGUCCUUGUGUUGUAUUAUGAUGAUAGAUAAGAUCAAGAUCUCUAUCCCAACAGUAAUUUGUCA